UACUACAAGUUUUAUCUAGGUCACACCAUAACUUGGAUUUCAUUUUUCAAGGUUAUGCCUCUCUCAGAUGGGUAGUUUCAAAGCUUUGGCAUUCAUGGAAGGAAAAUGGUUUCAUUGGUUCUUGAAGGCAGGGCUCAUUGGUUUGGUCAUGUUUGCUGGGUUGACAUAUGAGGAUCAAGUGGGAGAGGCUGAGACUGGUUUACUAUGUAUCAGUGAGUGCACAACAUGUCCAGUCAUAUGUUCAACUCCUCCCCCUCCUCAACUUGAGUCUUCUUCACCACCACCAUCACCGCCACCAGUGCACCCCUCGCCUUCUCAAUCUUACUACAGCUCUCCUCCACCGUCGCCACCGCAAUUUGACUACAGCUCUCCUCCGGCCUCACCGCCGCCGCCUCCUCCCUCACCACCAAAACAAUCACCAUCACCUUCAUCAUAUUCGAAAGGCGCUCCUCCCCCGCCUUCUUUUGUGUACUUCUUCAACAUGCCUCCCUCAGGUCCAGUGCCAACAACAACAACAACAACGACAGGAGUGCUGCAUAACAAUUCCUAUCCCUACUACUACUUUUACGCCUCAGAAGCUUCUUCUCUCUCUGCUCAUGCCUUCUUCUUAUUUGUCUUCUUAGUUCAGCUUGUGUUUUCUUUUUGGUGAGAAAGUAGCUAGCUUAGUUAUAUAUAUUUUUUGGUCUGUGAUAAAAUAUGUGGUUGCAUUGUAAAGGUGGCUGGAUUGGAUUGAGAAAGGCUUUCUACUUCCUUGUUCA